ACCAAGCCGUUUGUCGACAAAACCAUCCGUCGACGAAGUCAACUGUCGACAAAAAGGUUGUUCGACAAAAUUUGUCGACCAAAAUUUGUCGACGAAAUAAAGUCGACAAAGAACCUGUCGACUAGGUGCGUGUCGACGAAGUUUCGUCGACGAAUGAGAUAACUACCAUAAAAGUCAGGGACAAACUUGUAAUUGAUUUAAAGUUACCAAAGGAUACAGAUGAUAUCGCUGCAGUCUAUGUACCAUUAUCAAGAGUGAAGCGUUUGGACGAUUUAAUUAUUUUACGACACUUUGAUUACAAAGUCUUAGUGAUCAAACCCAGUAAAUCUUAA